CAGGUGGCGGUAACGCGCCUCUGCGUCUCAAUGCUACCCAUAAAAAGAGACGCUAACAAGAAGAAGACGCUAACAAUGGCGGCUAACGCUAGCUGUGAGCUCCGGAUGGACCAGCUGCCCUCAGACCCGCUGCUCCACGUGCUCUCCUUCCUGGGCUUCAGAGACCUGAUCCAUUGUAGUUUUGUGAGCAGGAGGCUGAACGACUUGUCCAAACAAAACCAUCUGUGGAGGAGACAAUGCUCUGAACACUGGCUGCUGGACGACUCUGACCGGCUCCAGUCUGGUGUGUCGUGGUACUGUCUCUUUAAGAGGUUCUACUCAGACCUGGGUCGGUACAUCCAGUACUACCCGGUCCUGAAGAGGUCCUGGGACCAGCUGAAGGUCUUCCUGCAACAGAGGUGUCCUCGUAUGAUCUCCUCUCUCAAAGAAGGAGCCACAGAGGUGGAGCUUAACGACAUCGAGGCUCAGAUCGGCUGCAGACUCCCAGAAGACUAUCGGUGCUCAUAUAGGAUCCACAACGGACAGAAGCUGGUGAUACCGGGACUGAUGGGCAGCAUGUCCCUGUCUAACCACUACCUGUCUGUCUGUCCUCUGACUGAUGGGCAGCAUGUCCCUGUCUAACCACUACCUGUCUGUCU